CCAAGAUUCUCGACCAAAAUCAUUCUAAUUUCUCUUCUUUAUAAAGCGCUAGUGUUAGUCUUCGAAUAUGGGAUCGUGCUUAUCGUGCGAAAGUAGGUGGACGAGUUCUCCCACGGUGGCUAAGAAGUGGAAGUUUUCGACAAUCACAUCGUUUGAGCAGAACAACAAUGAGGAUAAAAGGUUGCAUCGUGGCCACAAUUACUUCUCCUUGAAUCGGCCGACUGAGAUCGCCUCCCUCUUUUCACAGCAAGGCAAGAAAGCCAUGCUUGCUUUGGAGAAGUUUGGUUCAACAACUAAAGAUAGUAAGAAUGAAUUGAACAAGUUUGGUUCGAGAACAGAAUACACGACCUUCUAUGACGGCCUCGGCCCUCAAGGUCAUAUGGUUGCUAAGCGUAUCCGGGAUUUUCUCCCUCUGAAGCUGAGUGAGCACUGGGAAGUCAAGAUUCUUAGGAAAAUCGGAAGCAAUUUUGAGACGAAUCCGAAUUGCGUAUGUGGAACUACAUCAGUGACCCUGGUGACAAAGGGUAAAGAUCUAACGAUCGGAAAUAGUGAGGAGUCGAGAGCUGUACUAGGGAUGAGAGAUGCGAAUAAUGCAUUCGUUCCAGUGCAGUUGAGUGUGGGUGAAGAUGAGUUUGUACUGUUAACAACAGCCGGGGUUUGGGACAAGCUGCUGAAUGAGGAUGUGAUAUCUACGGUGGCCAAUUCCCCUUCACGCUUGUGUGCAGCUCGAGCAGUAGUGAAUGUAGUAUUUGAUAAAUGGAUGCGUACGUAUAGGUUAUCAAAGGUUGAUGCUAUUGAUUGUCCAGUGGUUUGCCUCUUCCUCAACGAGCCUCGACAGAGGAACACGAGACCUCAUGUUUGUUCUCGUCCCGAGCAAUUUCUCGAGCGACUCUGGCUAUAAACAUGUAGCUACCUCGCUUUGUUUUUUCUACUGCAAACUACUACUAUC